UUCUGGGUGAAUAAUUCUAGGAAAAGUGUCUCGGCUUCAUGUUUUUCCCUGAUACAAGCUUCGGCAUGGGUCCGUUUUUGUUGGGGCGUUUUCAUCACGCGUCGGGCUGUGUGAGAGAAAACCUCCAGUCGUUGAUCCUUGAAAGCCAGGCCGCUCUGCAAGGCCACCUCUUUAGCCCUGGCUUUGCGUUCAGUCUGCCGAGGCCGUUAAUGACGCUGCAGCAGGUGGAGAAACUGGAGCCAGGUUGGAGCUCGGAGGACAAAGGUCCAGAGGUCGCCCUCUGACUGCGAUGAGCCGCCGCUAAAAAUGAAGAGUGUUUCGGAGAAAUCGGUGAACUGAUCGACCGUUUGAAGCAUGACAGGUCAGGUCCUUAGGAACACGACCGCCGGGGCUCCCAUGGACGACAACGCGGGCAUCUGCAUCAACGUGGGCGGCUUCAAGAAGCGUCUCCAGUCGGCCACGCUCUCCCGCUUCCCCGAGACCAGGCUGGCGCGCCUCCUCCAGUGCCAGUCCAAGGAGUCCAUCCUGGAGCUGUGCGACGACUACGACGACGCGGAGAAAGAGUUUUACUUCGACAGGAACCCCGCUCUCUUCCCCUACGUGCUCAAUUUCUACAACACGGGGCGGCUGCACGUCAUGGCCGAGCUGUGCAUCUUCUCCUUCAGCCAGGAGAUCGAGUACUGGGGCAUCAACGAGUUCUUCAUUGACUCGUGCUGCAGCGGCGCCUACCACUGCAGGAAGAUGGACCAGGACAGGAACGACUGGGACGACAGGAGCGACGAGGGGAGCACCACGUCGUCGUUCGACGAGCUGCUGGAGUUCUACAACGACGCCACCAAGUUCGACAAGCAGCCGCUCGGGAGCGCGCGCAGGCGAGUCUGGCUGAUGCUGGACAACCCCGGGUACUCCGUGGCCAGCCGCAUCAUCAGCAUCCUGUCCAUCCUGGUGGUGCUGGGCUCGAUUGCCACGAUGUGCAUGAACAGCAUGAGCGAGUUCAGCGUGCUGGACAGCAAGGGGGAGCCCACGGAGGACCCGCGCUUUGAGGUGGUGGAGCACGUCGGUAUCGGAUGGUUCACGCUGGAGCUGGUGACCCGGUUCGCGGUGGCCCCCGACCUGCUGCACUUCUUCGACCACCCCCUGAACGUCAUCGACCUGGUCUCCAUACUGCCGUUUUACCUGACGCUCCUCAUCAACCUGGUGGCGGAGAGCAGCCCGGCGCUCGCCAACCUGGGCCGGGUGGCGCAGGUCCUGCGGCUCAUGCGAAUCUUCCGCAUUCUGAAGCUGGCCCGCCACUCCACCGGCCUGCGGUCCCUGGGGGCCACCCUCAGGAACAGCUACAAGGAGGUCGGCCUGCUGCUCCUCUACCUGGCCGUCGGCGUGUCGUUCUUCUCCGUCAUGGCCUACACAGUAGAGAAAGAGGACAGCGAGGACCUCUCCACCAUCCCCGCCUGCUGGUGGUGGGCCACCGUCAGCAUGACCACCGUGGGCUACGGGGACGUGGUGCCCGUCUCCAUCCCGGGCAAACUGACCGCUUCGGCCUGCAUCCUUGCCGGCAUCCUGGUCGUUGUGCUUCCGAUCACGCUCAUCUUCAACAAGUUCUCCCUUUUCUACAAGAGACAAAAGAAGCUGGAGAUCGCAAUGAGAAGCUGCGACUUCGACCAGGGCAUCAAGGAGGUCCCCUCCGUCAACCUGAGGAACUACUACGCGCACAAGGUGAAGUCUCUCAUGGCCAGCUUGUCGAACAUGAGCCGGAGUUCUCCGAGUGAACAGAGUCUGAAUGAGUCGUUACAGUGAAGCUCGGCUCGGAGCUGUCCGGGGUGCUGACACCCGGAGGAGGAGUUCUGCUUCUCACAGUUUGCCUCUCUGUAGCUCAGUGCAAUAACGUGUGUGUGGGCGUGUGUGUGUGUGUGUGUGUGUGUGUGGGUGUGUGUGUGUGUGUGUGUGUGUCAGUUCCAGUGAGACAAUGUAAAGAUCACGUGCACUUUUUAAAGGAGCAUCUCGGUUUUGUUGUAAGUGGGGUUCUGUGAAGAUGUGAACCAUAAUUCUUGUUGUGGAAAGAUGUCACGUCACAGUGAGUCUGUGGGAAAGAGGAAAUCCUCAGAGCGACUGAAGGUCGACAGGAAGUUACGUUUUACUAUUUCAAAAAUAACUCGACCCUCAAAAAUGUUCAUGUCUUUGAAAGUCAACAACACCGUGUUGUUGCUUCUUGUUUUUCCUGCAUUCAGUCUGGGAAUGAGCAUUAUGGUUUUCGUUUUCGAUUAGAUAGAAGCUGUAAUAUAUCUUCUCCAUGUUAAAUAUUCAAGCACAGCAUGAACACAACUAGGCGUUUUGCAGCACAGAUGCGAAGUGCGUAAAAGUGGGAUGUAGUAGUGAAGACUCUUAAAGACAGGCUUAAAUAAAAAAUAUGAUUGUAUGACAAAAAAAGCUCAUUUUUACAGACCAGUGCAGUCGAUCUGUGCGAAGUUGUUCCAAAAAAAGCAAAAAGUGAAGUGAUUUAUGUGUGAAAGCAGCACACACUGCACCCAGCCUGCCAUACCUGGCUUCCUUAUCCAUAACUCCAAUCCUGACAACACUGACGCAUUUUCAAGAUCUGUCUGUUAUCUGAGGAACCAGGUCUUCCCCCGACAUUGGCUCGUCACCUUUAUUGAGCCACAGCAAAAAUAUGGGUGACAUAGGCAGUUCCAGACAGGGGCCAAAUAAGGCUCCUGUCUUCUGUUUCCCUGUAGAACAGAAGACAGUAAAUCAAUUUCCUAUGAUCAUAUGCACUGACAGGGAAACGGUGACUAAUUGAAUGAAUUUCAUUUUCUACUUUCACAGUUUUAGUUUAACAGUGAAUUAAAAAUGGAGGUGUUGCACCUUUAGCUUUAGCUGCAUUAGAAUAGUAUAUUUUAGGCUUACAAUACAGCCCCAAUUUAUUUAUUUUUUGUUCAUUAUUUUAUUCUGUACCCUUUAUGAAGUAACAGUGUCUUCCCCGGCUCUAGAACCGACACUUCUCCUCUAAACAAAUUCUGCUUUUGACUUGGACACAGACCUCCUUCGUUUCUUAACUAAUGGACCUGUGGUGAACUAAUACAAGGACACGUGCAAAGUUAUGCACGUGUGACUUUAAUAGCGUUUCUAGUUUUGAUUGAAACACCGCAAUUGUGAAAAUUGUCUGUAUUAGCAGAGCAUAGACAACGUUUUGCGUACAUUUGUAAAGCUGGUGAUUUUUUGGUUUGGUUCUCUUUUCAAAGUUUCCAGCUGUUGGAGGAAAAAAAAACAAGAUCAAGAAAUUCUAAGUAUGUCUGAAGAGGGCCAGGCAAAUAUUAAUACACAGUUGCAUCCCGUUGGUAUAGAAAUGUUCCUGCCUGACCUGCUGUUCACCUGUCACUCUUCUGACAAGUUUUUUCUUUCCUAAAGUCUCACUGUAAUUUGCUGUCAUUCUGCUGGUAAAGAAACUGCAAAUGACUAUAUCUUCACCGAGGCCUCAGUUGAAAUGAUCCAAAGUUUCCCCUGAAGGCCUCUUCAUCAAAGUAGGCCAGCCAGUUCACACCAAAACCGGUACUCCUGUUUUUGUUGUCUCAGUGGUUAUGUGGGCGUUAGUGUCACAGCGUCACACUGUUGUCCACCAUUCAGCUCCACUUGUUCUGAUAAAAAAACAAAAAAACAAAAAAAACAACAAAGAAAAAAGAAAUGUCCACAUGAACCCCGCUGGUGUUUCUCCAGUUGAAGGUAACUUGAUGUGUAAAUGUGGUGUUGCAACAGUACUUCCGAUGUUUGGUCUAAACGAAAUAACAAAUUAAAAGAAAACUCCUGUCACAUUUCCACGUUUCAUUCAUGUCCAGAGCAGGGAGCAGCUCACUUCCUUCACAGCGACACGUGGAAAAGUGCUUAGCGAAGACUGACUGACGCAGCGUCUUCAGCACACUGACAGCCACACCAGCAACCGCUCAGAAGUGACACGUUGAUUAAAUUCCACUUGCGGGAAUUUGUCUGGACCUUUUAAAAAUAUAUAUAUAUAUUUUUUGCUGCAUCAUUACAUUAGUGUAUCUGUAAAGCUAUUUUACAGUUUUAUAUUUUUACUUUACGUCAGCAAAACUAUUAAUCUGCUACCACCGUUUAAGUUAUUCCACCUUACAUCAAAAUUAUAGAUGUGAUAGAUAACUGUUAUUUUUUUCAGCAGUAAAAAAAAAAAAAAAAAAAAGAAAUUCAGUAUGAGUAGAGAAUGUUAGGGUUACAUUGCAGGAUUUGGAGCUGGACUGGAACGCCGCAGGUGUUAGCCAGAGUGUGACUCGGAAUCAUUACGGGUCUGUUUGCUAGAUAUUGAGUUAUUGACUUUGUUGAAACACGCAAAUCAUUUUUAAUGAAACCCAGAAAGCCGAAUAUAUGGGCAACUUUUUCGCAAAAUUCAAAAUAAUCGAUUAUCCUCAGUAUUGAAUUGUGACCACUCUGGUAUUUUUCCAGUCUUUUUUGCACACUUUAUUAUUGCAUAAUUCUCAAGAAAUGCAUGCAGUCCUCUGUAUGUGUGAGACAAACAUUAAAAUAGGAGGCUAAUUAACAACAAAUAUAAGGACAGUUGAUUUCUACCUUAUUAUAUAUAUCUAUUGGAUAUGGUUUUGUGUGUUUAUAUAGUCAGCUCAGAAUAGUAGCUGCAAGAAGAACACAUAACUGAAUAGUUGAAUAGUCUAAGUUACUCUGUUGUCUAAAGAUUGUAAUUUUUAGAUCUGAAUAUCAGAGAUGGAGCCAAAAAAAUUAUUUAUUUCCAGUCUUAAGCUGAGUGGAAAAUAUUUUCUUAUUCCACUGAAAGAGAAUGGCGUUUUGUUUCAUUUCAGCCAGUAGGAGUUCCUACAGCAGCUGCUCUCAAUAUUCAACAAAGCUCUGACUAACUGGCAUUGAUUUCAGUUUAAAGGAUAAAGAGGCAAUAUCUACAAGUAGCUUGCAGCACAAAAAGAGUCGAUAUUUUUUUAUUUCUUUGGGCAUUUCAUAAUUUAACCUGGGUUAGUGUCCUGACUUCCCAUUGAGAUUUACUUCUACUUUACAGAGCUGCAAGAAGAAGAACACGUGAUUUUAAAAUGCAACCUACUGAUGAUACAAGCAAAAUCUUCUGAUUCAUGCUGCAGAUUCUGGAACAAACAUCCGUAUUUAUUGGCUGUUCUCUCAUCUUUAAUAAGUUCAAUGAAACCUGUUACAUUUUUCUUUUUCCAUGUAAAAUAGUUUCUCGCAGUCUCAAUUUGCAAACAGAAAUCUUCCCAAAAGGAAAAAGAAGACAUCAGGCUUGAAGGAUUACAACGUAAUCUUGCAGUAAAGCACAACAGCAGUUCUCUGUCUUUCAUUUUACUUCUUCAGUACUAAUGAGAAAACGACGGCGUUCCAAGAAUGUUUUCCACACAUUUCCGGUGAGCUCGCCUCAAUUGGGAUUUUCCCUUAGAGUCCAAUUAAAUCUGCCUCCGUUUGUUUACUCCUAAACCUUUAAAGAUUUCCCUCCUGGGAGAAAAUCCACCGUACUGCUGCAGAGUCGGACCGCUACGGAAACUAAGUUAUUGAUUGUAAACGAGUUCAGAGUGACGACUGGUGACCUUUCACCAAAUCAGAGCAGAGAAAUGUGUGUCCAUUUUCAGUCUCACGUAGAAGAAAAAUGCGGUAGAAAUGUUAGAGUUUUGCUCCGUGUCACUUAGAUCCAAAUAUUCUUACAAUUUCUAAGUGCGUCUGUGCAGGGGGACCGCCCCUGCAGCCUGUCGGUUCCUUUCAACUUUCAACACCCUCUCCCCCAACUCCCACCCCUACUGCUUUUUCAAACAAUCACAUGAUUUAAACGUCCAACUGCCAGCACAGCCACAAUGAAAAUGACUUUUACCAUCUUAGUUGUAAAACGCAGAGGAGUGAUGAAGCACACUUUUACAGAGACUGAAGGCGAUGUGGUGGCUUUUAGUGUUAAAACUCACUCAGGUGUUCGAUGUGGGGAGGGAAAGGCAGGUCUUCCUAAACUCAUUUCAUCACAGACUCCAGGUAAAGCCUCGACACGAUGGGCAAAAUAUUCAUCUUCUCCUGGUACGAUCACAAUCAUGGUCACGUGUGUUCACCAAAUCUUUCAGAGGUGCGCUUAAUAUUCACGGUUAAUUAUCAAAGUUUUGACGAAGUGCCUGCUGCUGGAACAGAGGCGUCCUACAGAAGUUCAAUGUCACUUUAUGUGGUUUAUUUCACACUAGGUGUGAACAAAGACAAGCAAAAGCGGCACAAAAACAAUCCUAAAAAUGUGGGAAGAAAAGCAUAAUUAUUAACAGAGGGUGGAUGGGGAAUAAACUAAGUUGUUUUUUACUGUCCAAUUGUGUGUGCGCUCGUGUGUGUGUGUGCGUGUGUGUGUGUGUGUGAAAGCACUUUACACAAACACAGGAGACAGUGUGUCUAAUGGGGAACUUAUUAAAGCUGGCAGCACAGGCGUCAUCUCCAGUCUGCUCUGUAUUGGUGAUUUAAACUCUGUUACUAAGCAGGCGUUCCGUGUUGUUGCACAUUACCAUCUGUUGCCAUUCCUUCACUUUAAACAGAGUGGGAAGAUUGGAUCCUUUCAGCGGCCUCGUCCAUUUCUCCCCCCCCCGGCACUAUUUUUUAUUUAUCUAUUCCUCAUAUCUUCCCACCGUGUUUCAUCUGCGAGCGGCUCCAGAAAUAGUCGUCACAGAGAUCACGGCGUCGCUAAUUAUCACACGUGAAUCUCAUACCAACACAGAACGCCGGUAAUGCAGAGAGAACUAGAGAGAUUUCAGAUCAGGAGCAGAAACAUUUAAAUAAAACCCAUGUUAGAUGUUUAUUUAUUUAAUUAUCUUUUGACCAAAACUAAAAUAGCUAGAAAUAAUAUUAAAGGGGCAGCAUAAUGUAAAACUGACUUUGAGUUUUACAUCAUACCAUUCCCUUAUCAAAGACAUACCUGGAGUGUUGCCUUGAUUAUUUAAUGCACGUUUGAGAAAUCCUCUAAUCUCCAUGGGAACAACCUGGAUGGACCUAACACCGCCUUUGAGGACGAAGCUCCUCCUUUGAUUUGAAGUUUUAAAGCUUUCAAGCUUCUGCGUCACAGAGCAGCCCUCGCCUGCACUCUGCCACUCAGCUCCUUCAGACUAGCCAACAACAAGUAGCAAACACCUGGUGGAAUGGUGUGUCUGCUGACCUCAUUAUAGGAGAUACUUCUCAGUGAAACGCUGGUAAAACGUUGUUAAAGGGUUCAUAGCGGAGCCAUGUUGCGAUAACAUCCGGAAAACGAAGCUUCAGAAAGAGCAGGAGUUUUUAAAGUGACAGAAGACCAAUUUCAAGGCAUUGAAAUAAGAAGUAAAAUUUCUUCUAAGUCGUAUUUGAUAUAUACAGCUUUUUAUAACAACUAAAGUUAACAUUGUUACUUGAUAGUGCUAUAAAGCGGGACUAUGUGCCUGGAAAACACUAUACUGCCCCUUUAAAUAUUUGAAUGCAGAUUUUAAUACACUUUACAGUCUUAAAUCCACCAAACUAUAACUUUUAAACUAUUACAACUCACAUGAAGCUUAUUUGCUGCCCCAGGUUUUGUUUUGUUCUUCAAGAAUGAUCCGCCACUAAUCUUCAUCUAUACCAGCUUUAUUAAUCAGACAAUUAGACAACGGCAUUGUAAGUUUUCUUCCUGAUAACCCAGUGGCUACUUAUUCUGGAUAUUUCAGAUAAUUCUAUUCAUUUCACAUAGUUCUGUUUGUCUAUAUCCAUAUAAAAGGGUGAAAAGCACAAAUUUGAUCUUUUAAAUACCUCCUGGGUUUUCUGAGGAUUGAGUUGCAAUAACAUAACUGGAAUACUAAAGAGUUCAGCAGCUUAGCUGGGCUUAGUACCUUCAAUUUGAAAAUUAGAAAUUCUAAAAAUUAGCUGUCAUUAGCUGUUAACUGGGAAGUUCAGAGUUUCUCCCUUGACAACGAUUUGCAUAAAUCAGACAUAUGAGCAAGAUUUCUCAAGAUAAUUCAGCCAUUGCGGAGGAGAGAAAAUAGCAUAACUUUAUUUAUGCUGGUUGUGCAAAUUAAGCACAACCAGUUUAAUUUGCAUGUAUCAUGUUCCAUUUCAUCUAAUAAAAUAUGAUUUAACACUCCUUAAAAAUCACAGUUUCAAGAUAUUCCGUUUUGUUUGUUUUUCUUUAACCAACUACAUUACAAAUAAAAUCAGGACAGCUGUUUACAUAAAAACUUGGAUUACAAUUGAAACUAAUAUUGUUGCAGUCAAACCGUGUUUUGAUGCUAGUCUGUAAAACGGUGUUUGGCCUUGUUCCAGAACCUCCCAGCAGGUGAUAAAAUAUUGAUGAACUGCAGUGAUUGUGGACAAAUUGUGACAUUAAUGCGACUCCAUUUUAAAACAGCCAUCCGCCCAUUAAGUUUGUAUCUGACUCAAAGCCGUUAAAAACAAACAAACAAACAAACAAACAAACAAACAAACAAACAAACAAACAAACAAACAAAUAAAUAAAUAAAUACAUAAUUAUGGAUAGAACAAAAUGGCCUUGCUGGUUAUAGCAAUUACUUACAUGAUAUCUGAAAAUGUCUCCCAGAUUUUAAUAAAUGCUCACCAUCCACUCCGACUCACUUUAUGGUACUUUACAAAAAAUGGGAAUAAAUUUCAGUAGAACUACGACGUAAAAUCCUCGAUAAAAUACAGCGAAGUGUUUCACGUUUUGUACUGUGGCAAAACGUGAAAAUGCUCGAGGGAAACGAGGAGCUCAGACUCUGCUGCAAGCACAAAUAACAAACAGACUCAGACUGGAUGGAUUACUGCCCUGAGAUCAGGGCUGCAGGGUUUGAGUAAAGAAGACAGGCACAAUAACACGUAUUUUACCCAACAUCAAAGUGAGUAAAAAGGCGUGUGUGUGUGACAGUAAGAUGUGUUUUUGUGGUUGUAUUUUUGCAUGCAAAUGCGUGUUAAGGGGAUUUAUGGCGCGUGGAGCAUGUGUGCGUGUGUGUGCGUGUGCGAGUGUGUGUCAUCUCUUCUGCGUGGAAUCAAUUUUCUCAAGGAUGUGCCAAGGACACUGGUGCAGAGUUUAAUUAAGAGAAGUCAGAGAGGAUUUUUUAUUUUAUAUUUCUGAGCGCUUCGGGUCCAGCUGAGUCCGGCAGGAUGACGUCAGAAAAUACAACAAGGUCCUUAGUUUAAAAAAAAAAAAAAAAAAAAAAAAAACCUGGACGGGAAAGAAACAGAAACAGCAGUAAUGUGUGGAAUAGCUGAAGGCGAGUGGCUGGAGCAGCAACCACCUGCUCUUUGGGUGGAAGGACACCAACUGUGAAGUGAUGCGUGUCGAUAAUGUUUCGAAAUGUUUUGAUUUUAUUCGAAUGAAACGAAUGAAACACGAGAGAUGAAUAAAUUCUGGAUCACAACCAGACUGCCGGCUGUCAGCAGGAUGUGUCAUCACAUCCAACACACCCUCUGCAUGUGAGGAGGAUGAAGCUGAUUUCCUGGAAGAUGCAGAUGUUGUGUAAACACAUUGGGAGACAUGACGGGAGCACAAUCACACAAUGACUAUUUCUGCUACUGGGAAGUCCCAUUCUUCUUGCCCGAUCACCCCUCUCUUCCUCCAUCUAUCUUCCUGAGUCAUCAGCUCACUAAAACACUCAGCGCCACAAUCAUCCUCUAUAGUUCCGGGGCAUAGCGAUAAUUGGCAAAUUUGUCAUAAUUGCGGUAAAAUAACGUGCCUGGUGUUGAUAAUUGGCUUUGGGAUCCACCUGGUAUUAAAAUCAUGCCCAACGGCCGCUGCAGGGGGACGGCCGUCCAAAUGAAAGUGAUUAAAGAAACAAACCAAGCCUCAUCACGGCUCUCUGCAUUCACUGCGUGUCUUUUAUUUGGUCUAAAUUAAGAAGUCAGUGGAGGCGAUUUGCAUUCAGAGGCAGAGUUAAAGCUGCAGCGGGCAACUUUUAUGAGAAAUGUGCUUUCUACAUAUUUAUUAAACAUGUCACCACUUCCUGACAGUAUAUGAAACAGAUGAUGGGUGAAAAGAUUGAUCUCCUUCAGCUCCUCUCUAAGGUACAAUUGGCGUUUGAAG